AUGGACCGGCUGCCCAUGCGCCACGAGCAUGUGCUGCCCCGCGCCGCCUCGCUGGACGACCGAACCUGCGCGACACGGCCGCAGAUCGUCGUGCCGAGCGACUGCUUGAGCAUGAUGACGAUGACGUCGUCGCCGAUCUCGGUGCAAGCCGUGCACAGCGGGACGCUUGAAGAUGAGAUGAAGUGCUUUGGCCUCGACGUCGCGACCGAAUUCCUCUUUUGGAAGGAAGAGAACCUGGCGCUGCUCGAAAUGUCGUUUCCAGCGAUGGACCGCGACCUCCUUGAAGACGUUUUGAUCGAGACCAACUACGAUCUGGGCGCCGCCGUUGACAUGAUCCGCGCCCGCGUCGACGUGAUCAACGCAUGGACGGCGAACCAUACGCCGCACGAGUGGGUCCUUGUCACGGACGACUGGGUCGUCGUCGAUGAGACCACCAACAAGCUACCGCUGCACGACUACACGAGCAUUGCGCUACACGGACCGUCGGCCUACUACUAG